AAUCAAUCACCACGACGACCGACUGCUCAUCAUCGCGCAACUUUCCCAAGUCUCAAUCGCACCGGAAAUUAGCUCAGUAUCUAGAUAAUCUCUCGCAUCCGCAUUUCCCUUCAUUCCAUCAUGGAUCGAGAUCCGACAGUGGUAGAAGACCUUCUAGAAAGGAAGAACGUGCUCGUCGCCGAGAUCAUGACGGCGUACCGCGACCUGGUCAAGCACGCCACCGCGCAGGUCGACAGCAGCGCCUCGACGGGGCAGGCCGCCUACAGCAGCAUGGCGCUCGGCAUCAUGAUGAGCCAGAUUAUAAAAUCAACCGAGGACCUGCUCGCCCUGACGCGCAGGAUCCGCGAGCUGUGGGUGGUCGGCCCGCUCAAGGCGCCGGGCGCGCACGACGCCGAGGCCGAGCAGCGCAUGCGCGCCGACGCCGAGCACGUGUUCGCCAUGCUCAACGCGAUGCGCGACGCCGAGCGCCGCGGGAUGGUGCAGGCGUUUGCCGCCGCCGCUUCCUCCGCAGCAGUAGCAGCCGCACCAGCAGCAGCAGCAGCAGCAGCAGGAGCCGCACCGGCACCAGCGGGCGGCGGGGUAGCAGCGUCGGGAGGGGGAGGCACCGGCGGAGGCGGAGGCAGCGGGUUCACGUUUGAGCGGGCCGAGGUCGAUGGCGCUCCUGCGCCCCCUGGUGCUGCAGCUGCUGCUGUUCUUCAGCAGCAGGCCCAAGCCCCGGCUCGGCCGCCGCAGGCGGCACCGGCGGGGCCGACAACGGGGGCGGAGGGUGGUACGGGGUCGCAGGGGCAAGGGGACAGGCAGGGAGCGGCGCCGGCGCCGGCGCCGGGUGUUCAGCAUGGCUAG